AUGGGAAAUAUGUGUGAAUAUCAUGCAAGAAAUGUAUAAUAGAUUGUUUAAUAAAAAGAUAAACAAUGAAUAAAAUCUUUAACCAAAGUUAUUAGCAUAACAUAGAUUCUAAGAUAUAGGAAUAUACUUAGAUACAGGAGAUAUAAAAAAUGAAGAAGUGGAUGUUAUUGUGGCAUAGACAGAUUUAAAUUUAAAAGUAUAAACUAUUCAUAAAAUAAGCUUCCAGAAUAUUUAAUAAAUAAUGUAUCACCUUAAACAAAAUAAUAAUUGCUAAAAUAUAUUUAAUAGAUUAGAGAUAAAUAAGUAGUAUCUCAUGGUGAGGUUGUACAUUCUCAUGCUGCAGAAGUAUAAUAAAUGUAUUAUAAUAAUUAGUUAGAAUUUGAUUUUGUAUUUUAUUGUAUAUUACCAAAUGAAGAUGAUGAACCAAUGAAAUUAGCUAGAAAUCAUAAUCCUAAAAAUAUAAAUUUAAAGUUACCAAAAAAUGCUCCUUAAAAAUAUUAGAAAUAAUUUAUUUAUGAUUGCAUGAUGACUUGUCUUAAAGUAGCAGAAGAAAUGGAAAUUACUUCAAUUUGUUUUCCAGUAAUGAAAUCAACUAAAUUUACUAUAUCUACAAUUGCAACAAUGCAAAUGAUUGCAGUUAAGAAUUUUUUAGAAGAAAAUGUUACUAAAAUAAAGUUUAUUAGUUAAGUUAGAUUUUGUAUUUAAGAUGAUAAAGAUUAGGAAUUAUUCAAAUGGGCUUUUGAUAAAGUUUUUAUGGACACAGAUGAUAGUAGUGAAGCUAGUGAUGAAGAUUCUCUUAAUAAUAAUAGUGGAAAUAGUGGAAGUGGAAGUGCAGGAAAUUCAUUAAGUAAAAAUGUAAUAUUUAAUUUAAUAUAAUAAGGCAUUAUUUGAAUUAUAACCAACUGUUAAAAAACCAUAACAAAAGAAUUUUGAGGAGGAUGAAUUUGUCAAAAGUUUUGGAGCCAAUUAUUAUGAUAAAUUUGAAAGUCCUUAAAGAGUUGGUAGAAAAAUUUCUAUUUGA